GAGAUCAUAUUGUUUUCCAUCCCAGCUUCUCCACCGCCUCUUCCUCCUCCUAGUUCUUGCUCGGGUCCAGUGUUGCGCGCGCGCGUACGCACGCAAUCAGAUGAGAACACUGAGAAGCAGCUGAGGGAUUUCGGUGGGUGGAUUAUCCGUUUGUUGACCUGCUGAACAAACAAGAGUUGCCAUGGAAACUACUUCUCUCUUCCUCUCCUCACUCCUCGUGUGUGUGGCUGCUGUAGCAGACGUCGAUGUUCAGGAUGAACCUGAAAAGGAGGAAAACCCUUUUGUCUAUGACUACGAGAGUCUGAGGAUUUGUGGACUGGCUUUAGCUGUGGUGCUGUUCACACUGGGAAUUCUGCUCAUUCUCAGUCGACGGUGCCGCUGCAGUAUCAACCAGAAACCCAGGGCCCCCGGAGACGAGGAGGCGCAGGAGGAAAACCUCAUCGUCUCAAAGGCCGCAGCAGCUGCCAAAGAGACUCCGGCAGAAAACUGAGGCAGCUCCUCCUCCGUCAGCUCACACUGCCUUCUGAUUUUAUUUGACAUGAAUCCACCGCAUCAUAGCUAUUACUAUUAUAAGUGGUGACACAACUAGGUAAGGGUAAUAAUAAAGUGUGUAUAUAAAUAAUAUGCCUUGAAGACAAACUUUUACCCCGUUUUGCUUUGUCGUGACCGUAGCAGUCCUCAGUGCUCUUGUCUGUUCUUGUGCCUUCAUGUAGACGUCUCUUUCUUUGAUUAUACUGUAGCACUGUCUAUGCUGUCUCAGCUCUGUGUCUGUGUCUGUAUGGUGUG